CGCCUUGGAGAGGCGGAAUUGCUCAGGGUGUUCUUGCAGAAGUUAUUUCUGGCCAAAUCACCCAGACCCUGGGCAGGGCGGUUUCUCCCGCAUAGACAACCGUAGACAAUAAGAGGUUUAUGUUGUGCGGGACCUCGUACGUGCCUUACAAAGCAGAAGAGGUCAGGGGGUCAGAUGGGACGUGAAGAAGUUGAAAGAAUGAAGUGAGAACCGCAUAACAGGGGGAAAGCACUGCUUGCAGGGGAGCUGGAGCUAAAUGAGGAGGAGCCCAGAGGGCAGGUCCUUCUGGUUAACAAAAUCCCCUGGAACUCAGCGGUGCUGCGCUUUGCCAGCACCCCAGAAGGAUGUCCUACUACGAGCAGUGCAAGCAGCCCUGCCUGCCCCCUCCCAUCUGCGUGCAGAAAUGCAGCCAGUGUGUGGAGCCCUGCAAGACGGUGUGCGUGGAGCCCUGCAGCAACAUCUGCGUGAAGCCGUGCCCCACGCAGUGCGUGGAGGUCUGUGCCCCUAAGUGUGUGGAUGUCUGCCCGGCUCCCUGUGCCUCCGAGUGCACCACGUGCUGCACCACUCAGUGCGUGGAGCCCUGCAGUACCCAGUGCACCACCCAGUGCACCACCCAGUGCGUGGAGCCCUGCAGCACGCAGUGUGUCGAGGUCUGUCCCCCCACAUGCAUUGAUGCCUGCAUAAAGCCCUGUGCCACCCAGUGCCCGACCCACUGCACGGCCCAGUGCGUGGAGCCCUGCAUCAGCCAGUGCUGCACCAAGUGUGUGGAGCCCUGCCCGCCGGCAUGCGUGGAGGUGUGCGCUAAGAAGUGUGAUACGUGUGAGACCGUGUGCCUGGAGCCGUGCAGCACCGUCUGCUCUCACCCGUGCUAAUUGCCUUAAUUGAAUGGGCCUUGCGAGCACCCCCAGCACUUAGGUGCAUUGCAAUAUCUACGGGCUCAUGAGCA